UUGAGGGCCAUCUUCGUCGCAACCAUGGAGGCUCGUCCAAAUAUGACGCCGAGCCGGCCGCAGAGCAUUGAGGAGCUCGUGGCUCAGGCCGAGAACUUUGUCUUCAACGUCAACAUCGCCAUGAAGCACUGGAUACGCACCGCAGAUACGCUAUAUCAGGAGGCAUCCUUUGCUCUGUCAGAUGGCGACUAUGGACGAGCCUACAAGAUGCUGUAUCGACACUCCGUCCUGGUCCUCAAAUACCUGCCCACCCAUCCGCAUAUGAAGGACCCCGAAAAUAAAAAGGCAUACAAGCUGCUGUUGAAGCGCAUCGAUCGCGUCAUCGAAAGCCUUGAGCAACUGAAGCCCGGAAUCGAGAACGCGUACAAAGAAUGGGAGCGCACAGCACCGUCCGCCGCCGCCGCCGCCGAACGAUACAAGAAGCAGGCCUCAUCGAGCUAUGCUAGCUUCGCAGCUCAAGACCCUAGCCUCAGUGGAAAAGCAAGGAUUCUAGAUGCGGCAGAGCAUCAAGAUCUGGCAGUGGAUCUGGCACAGCAAGAGCUGAGCCGGCGAGAGCGAGAUAAGCGUACGAGCAAGCAUAGCAGCGUUUGGGAUGCGCGGAUACCAAAACAGCAUGGCUACGAAGAGAGGCGAGUCACGGAGAAUAGAGCAUCACAGUUCGACGAUGGCGAUCUCCGCAGACAAAUGGAGGCAACACGGCGGACACUCGACAUGGCACAGGAGCGCAGAGAUAUUGACGCAGCACUGGCCGGCUACGAGCAAACUCCCCCGGUAACCACCACGAACUACUAUUACCCAUCCCUUUCCAGACCGAGGCCCGUCGAGUACGAACAAAACCACUACUCGUCAUCGAGGGAGGCCCAACCUGCCAGACCGCCCAAGGAGCAUUUCGACCGACCUCCCUCGCUGAAGGACGACAGAGACGAUAUUUCAACGCCUAUGCUCCCGCCCCAAGUGCCCCGUAAGACUCGGCCUGACGACCAUCAACAGCCAGAUGCCACUUCACGGCUGUUGGUUAAUGCCAACCAGCCUCCUUUGCCACCCAAAAGCUCUGUCGAAGCACCUCAAACAAAGAAAGAGCGUCUCGCCUUCAAGCCUGGAGGCUACCUUGAAAAUGGCGAUCCCAUUCGGUCGAUUUUCCUCCCCAGCAGCCUGCGCGCAAGAUUCCUCGAAAUCGCCGCGAAGAACACGGCAGCCGGGUUAGAGACGUGUGGUGUCCUUUGUGGAACGCCCAUCAACAACGCCCUCUUUGUUCGCUGCCUCCUCAUUCCAGAUCAGAAAUCGACUCCCGAUACUUGCGAAACGGAAAACGAGAGUGCUCUGUUCGAUUACUGUAUGAGCGAGGACCUGCUGAUGCUGGGCUGGAUCCACACGCACCCAACGCAGACGUGCUUUAUGAGUUCUCGCGAUCUCCACACACAUGCGGGAUAUCAAGUCAUGAUGCCUGAAAGUAUUGCCAUCGUUUGUGCGCCGCGAUACAACGAGUAA